CUGGGUGUGUGUUUCUGGCCGGAGCCGUUUCGCGAUGGCCUCGGCGCCCCGCCCCCAACUUCCUUCUCUAGACCCUCUCUUCUCUUCGGCUCCUCUCUCUCGGCCGGCGCCGUCUGCUCCUGGGGCACACCCAGAAGUUCCCUUCCCGCCGCCGCCUGCAACUGCGAGGGUAGCCCGGGGCCACUUGGAGUCGCCCGGACCUGAGAGGCUGCUGCACUGGGCCUCAGCCACCCCUCCGGAUGCUGGUGCUGCCAUCCCGCUGCCCUCAGCCCCUGGCAUUUUCCUCCGUUGAGACCAUGGAGGGCCCUCCCCGUCGGACAUGCCGCUCCCCGGAACCUGGACCUUCCUCCUCCAUCGGAGCUCCACAGACUUCAUCCCCUCCAAAGCCCAACCACUACCUGCUCAUUGACACUCAGGGUGUCCCCUACACUGUGCUGGUGGACGAGGAGUCGAAGAGGGAGCCGGGGGCCAAUGGGGCUUCAGGCCAGAAAAAGUGCUACAGCUGCCCAGUGUGCUCCAGGGUCUUCGAGUACAUGUCGUACCUUCAGCGACACAGCAUCACCCACUCGGAGGUGAAGCCCUUCAAGUGCGACACCUGUGGGAAGGCUUUCAAGCGGGCCAGCCACUUGGCACGGCACAUCUCCAUUCACCGCGCGGGUGGUGGGCGGCCCCACGGCUGCCCGCUCUGCCCUCGCCGCUUCCGGGAUGCGGGUGAGCUGGCCCAGCACAGCCGGGUGCACUCCGGGGAACGCCCGUUCCAGUGUCCACACUGCCCUCGCCGCUUUAUGGAGCAGAACACACUGCAGAAACACACGCGGUGGAAGCAUUCGUGAGCCGGGUGGCUGGGUGCCCCAGGUACCACAGGAUUUUGCAGGGAGCCUGGACUCCUGUCCAGACACCUGGUGAGAGUCUGAGGCUGGCGUUCAGGGCCCUGGACAGACACAGAGCAGCCGCAUCUCAAAGGCAGAGCCCUGCCCGAAGGAGGAAUCCGUGAGUAGUCUUCAGGUCCUCCGUGUUUUGGAGCUGAGAUGGGAAUGAACCCCACGCAGAGUGGAGUCCUCUAGCCUAAAGAGAUCAGCUAUUCCGUGGCAGAGCCUUGACUGGAUGGGGGUUGGGAGAGUGGAAAUCUUCUGGCCUCAUAAAAGAUGGCUGGGGUCAUCAGGAAUCUGUGCCAUCUUCCUGUGGCCUGUGCUGUUGUUGGGGAAAGGACCCCCAUUCUGCCUUACACCCCCAACCAGGCCUGAGACUGAUCAAACAAUAAACACAUUUCCCACUCUGA